GCCAUGGUGUACGGCAAACAUCAACGACCAGUCGUGCACAGGUGUACUGUUCACGCGUAACCCGGGCCAACGGCGAGAACAAGCUGUACGGCGAGUUCCUGUUGAACGCUCAAGGUGAAGACGUGGUAGCAGGCAUCCGUACGCCGCAGCCCAUAUCGGAGCUGGCGGAAAAGAUGCCGGUCGUGUACAAGGAGCUGGAUGAGACGGUGCACAACCUGGAGACCCACUUCAAGGACAUUCAGGACACGGAAUUUACCGUGCAGGACGGCGUGCUGUUCAUGCUGCAGACGCGCAACGGCAAGCGCACGGGUCCUGCGGCUCUGAAGAUCGCCGUGGACAUGUGGCGUGAGAAGCUGAUCACGGAGGAGGAGGCUGUGAUGCUGGUGGAGCCACGACACCUGGACCAGCUUCUGCACCCGAGCUUCGCCAACGAGAAGGCGUACCAGAAGGACGUACUAUGCCGAGGUCUGCCGGCGUCACCGGGUGCGGCUGUGGGCAAGAUCGUCUUCACGGCGGCAGACGCAGAAGCGUGGUUCGCACGCGGCGAGAACGUGAUGCUGGUGCGUGAGGAGACGUCUCCGGAAGACGUCGGUGGCAUGCACGCUGCCGAGGGUAUUCUGACAUCGCGUGGUGGCAUGACAUCGCACGCUGCUGUGGUGGCUCGAGGCUGGGGCAAGCCGUGCGUGUGCGGCUGCAGCGCGCUGUCGAUUGACGCGAACACCAAGACGAUGCGCGUGAGCACGGCGGAUGGCGCCGAGGUGGUUUUGCGUGAGGGAGACUACAUCAGCAUGAACGGCACGACGGGCGAGGUGGUUCAGGGCAAGCAGGAGCUACAGAAGGCUGUGAUGAGCGGAGAGCUGGAGCAGUUCAUGAAGUGGGUGGACGCGCACCGCCGCAUGGAGGUGUUUACGAACGCAGACACGCCCGAAGACGCUCGCGAGGCCCGUGCGCAUGGCGCACAGGGUAUCGGCCUCACGCGCACGGAGCACAUGUUCUUUAGCUCUGCGCAGCGUAUCGCUGCCGUGCGUCGCAUGAUCGGUGCUGUGGAGCUGGACUCUCCGGCGCAGCAGGAGGCUCUGGAUGCUCUGUGUACGUUCCAGAAGAGUGACUUCGAAGGCAUCUUCCGUGCCAUGGACGGUCUUCCAGUGACCAUCCGUAUGCUGGAUCCGCCGCUGCACGAGUUCCUGCCGCACGAGGGCAGUGCUCUUGACGAGCUGUGCGCGACGCUGGCGCAGGAGAUGACGGUGAGCAAAAAGACGGUGGAGUCACGUCUGGCCAGUCUAAAGGAGGCAAACCCGAUGAUGGGUCUGCGUGGCUGCCGGCUGGGCAUCGUGCACCCAGGUAUCACGGAGAUGCAGGCGAAGGCCAUCGCAGAGGCCGCCGUGACGAUGGUGGGCGAGGGUAUCGCGGUGCAUCCGCACAUCAUGAUCCCGCUAGUUGGCUCGAUCGAGGAGCUGGAACAGCAGGUGAAGCUGGUGAGGUCGGUGGUGCAGGACGUGAUCGACAAGCACGGCAAGUCGUUCGACUACAAGGCUGGUACAAUGAUUGAGGUACCGCGUGGCGCGCUGCAGGCCGGCAGACUGGCCGAGGUGGCGGAAUUCUUCUCGUUCGGCACGAACGACUUGACGCAGAUGACGUUCGGCAUUUCUCGCGACGAUGCGCAAGCCAAGUUCCUCUCGUACUUCGUGAAGCAUGGCCUGCUGGAGAAGGAUCCGUUCGAGACGCUGGACCAGGAGGGCGUGGGCGAGCUGGUGCGUCUGGCCGUGGGGCGUGGCCGCGCGACGCGUCCUGAGAUCGAGCUGGGUAUCUGUGGCGAGCACGGUGGAGACCCGCAGUCGAUCGAGUUCUUCGAGAAGGUGGGCCUCAAGUACGUAUCGUGCUCUCCGAUGCGCGUAAUGAUCGCUCGUCUGGCGGCUGCGCAGGCGGCUCUGAAGCUGAAGAAGAGCUCGCCCGUUCCCGGUGCUUAAGGGGUCGAUUGACACCACUAUUUGGAGGUGGCUGCAAUGAAAGUGAGGCCAAGCUGCGCGAAGCAAGCUAGCAGAUAUGAGGUGCUCGCAUGCGUUAGUGCAUUAGGUGUGAUAGAAUGCAGUGCAGUUGUCGA